ACUUCGCUCUCGUGCAUGCGGACGAAAAAAAACACCCGCGUGCGCGUGUGUAGUUUAGUCCCGCCUCUCACCUCGUUCACAGGCCAGGCGCUGCACGUGUGGUAUCUCAGGCGCGCGACACGCUACUGAAACAAAACAGAACAUGUCGGCGGUGUGGAAUUUUUACAAAGUGUGUGAGAAAAAUAUAACGAUUGCCAUCUGCAAUGUAUGCAAGAACAUGAUACCUCGUGGGGGAAACAAGUUAAAAAGUUUCAACACAACAAAUUUAAUAAGACAUUUGAAGACGCAUCACCCAGCGAAGCAUAGCGAGUUUCUUAAGAUAUCCGCGGCGAGUGGAAGGAAAAUGAAGGCAGGACCAGCAUCCAAAACAGCACCUAAACACCAGGUAACUCAUGGGCGGUCUCAGCAUAAACGGACCACAGAGAUCGGGUGCCAGACAGAACCAGACAGCACAAACAAUGCUGCUGGAGACGUUAACAACAGGAGAAGCAAAAGUACAGUUCCGAGGACGAGAUCCACACCAGUCAAAAGGACAAGGUCCGAGGUGUCAACUGAUGACUCCAGUCACCAGCCAGAUGUAACCAGCAGCACCAUGAACUGUACAAGCUUUCAGCCUUUGGCAGACCUUCAGGAAUCUAGCUCCCCAAGCUCCUCCACUGCUGGACCCACAACAUCCACUAGCGACGUAGCUACAAAAAAUAAAUGGGAACAGAAGAUUUUACGAUGUGGACGGUGCCGACAGCCUCAACCUCCAAAGGAUCCAGAAGGAUUGCUGUUGUGGGUUCAAUGUGAAUGCUGCCACAAAUUGUUUCACACAAUUUGUGUAAGCUCAGAGAUGGACUUGGAUGAAGAUGAAUUUUGGUGUUUUUGGUGCCUUGAUGUUUGAUUUUGUUGUCUUUCAUAGCUUAUAAUAAAUU